AUCAAUGUCAUUGUCAAUUGUCUUGUUUAAUACGGUUAAAUUACGAGCACUUUGAUAAAUUAUUAAUAAAUAAAAGUGUUUAUUUUAAUCGUUUUGCUAUUGUGAUUUAUCGAACUUGAACUGACUGAAUCAUUAUUUCCAAGAGCUCUUGCAAAAAGUGGGACUUGUUAAUUUGAUUCUAUAGUUGAGUGGUAAUGAGAAGUUAAAUGGUACCUAAUCAAUAAAACAUUGUAACAGUUUUGUGAUUGAGCUGUUAUUAUAAGUAAAUUUUGUGCAACAUCAUUUAUUGGACUGUGACUUGAAAUCUAUUUUAUGGAAAUUUAUAGAGGUGCGAUGUGGGUAACUACGUGAAGAUGUCAGCUGCUGCGGAGACGCUGCCGGCGCCGAACGUACGUCCGCACGCUCCUCCCGCCACUACGCCCGCGCCACCGCCGCCGCCGGCCGCCCGUCGCUCUAAUGGCAAGCACAUCGUGCACUGGUUCCGGAAAGGCCUGCGCCUCCACGAUAACCCAGCGUUAAAGGAGGGCCUGCUAGACGCAGCUACCUUCAGAUGCGUAUUCAUUAUUGAUCCAUGGUUCGCUAGUUCUUCUAAUGUUGGCAUCAAUAAAUGGAGGUUCCUGCUGCAAUGUUUGGAAGACUUAGAUAGUAGUUUACGGAAACUUAAUUCGCGUCUGUUCGUGGUGCGAGGGCAACCCGCGGACGCUUUACCUAAACUGUUUCGAGAAUGGGGUACCACUGCGUUGACCUUCGAAGAGGAUCCCGAGCCGUACGGACGGGUGCGGGAUCACAACAUUAUGUCAAAAUGCCGCGAGGUUGGCAUCACUGUCACAUCUCGUGUAUCCCACACGUUAUACAAACUAGAUCAAAUUAUAGAACGAAAUGGUGGCAAAGCGCCUCUCACGUACCACCAGUUCCAGGCAUUGAUUGCCAGUAUGCCUCCUCCUCCGCCUGCAGAAGCGCCGAUAUCAGCUCAAAUGCUGAACGGUGCAACCACGCCCCUAACCGAUGACCACGAUGAUCGGUUUGGAGUACCGACUCUCGAAGAACUUGGAUUCGAAACUGAGGGAUUAAAACCUCCCGUUUGGAUUGGAGGGGAGAGUGAAGCUCUAGCUAGGUUAGAACGACAUCUAGAAAGGAAAGCGUGGGUGGCUUCAUUUGGUCGGCCAAAGAUGACUCCGCAGUCAUUGUUGGCGAGUCAAACAGGUUUAUCUCCAUACUUAAGGUUCGGUUGUUUGUCAACGAGAUUAUUUUAUUAUCAGUUGACAGAAUUGUAUAAGAGAGUCAAAAGAGUAAGACCUCCACUAUCUCUUCAUGGACAGAUACUAUGGAGAGAAUUUUUCUAUUGUGCGGCGACACGUAAUCCUAACUUUGAUCGCAUGGAAGGGAAUCCCAUAUGCGUCCAAAUCCCAUGGGAAAAGAACCAAGAAGCUCUAGCGAAAUGGGCUAGUGGUCAAACUGGAUUCCCAUGGAUAGACGCAAUAAUGAUACAAUUAAGAGAGGAAGGCUGGAUCCAUCAUUUAGCCAGGCAUGCGGUAGCCUGCUUCCUAACUAGAGGAGACUUGUGGAUCUCCUGGGAAGAAGGAAUGAAGGCAAGAAGAGCUACGUUUUUAAGAGGGUCCCCGUUCCUGCAGGUGUUCGAUGAAUUGCUUCUCGACGCCGACUGGUCGGUCAAUGCUGGCAUGUGGAUGUGGCUCUCGUGCUCAUCAUUCUUCCAGCAGUUUUUCCACUGCUAUUGUCCAGUGCGUUUCGGUCGCAAAACUGAUCCUAACGGUGAUUUCAUAAGGAGAUACAUUCCUGCGUUAAAGAAUAUGCCAACACGGUACAUCCAUGAGCCGUGGGUGGCUCCAGAGUCGGUGCAGCAGUCGGCACGGUGUAUCAUUGGCCGUGACUAUCCGUUACCCAUGGUGGAUCACUCGAAAGCAUCUCAAGUCAAUAUAGAACGUAUCAAACAAGUGUAUGCGCAACUCGCGAAAUAUAAACCGCAAGGCACAUUGAAUCCUAAUGCUGUGCAGAGGCCAAAUGUAAUGCAGUCGUCACCAAGUCCGAAUUCGAUUAUCACCAGCAUCAACCAGUCUAACUACCUCUGCAGCCAGGCCCCGGAACCCCAGACAACAACACCACAAAUAAUUCCAUAUAAAGACAACGAUGUCGUAUUCCAAAAACCAAUGAACCAUCGGUCUAUGAAACCAUCAUUUAAACAAGUUGUCAUUGUACAGAAAAAACAAAAUACCAAUGUUAUACAAACAGUUUCUAACUGUACGUCACAAUCAAAGGAAAACUAUAUUGUAAAUGGUCAACUAGACGGUUCUUACAAAACGCCGAUGAAUGACAAUAUACAAUCACCUAAACAAGAAAACUAUGACUUCAAAAACUUAGUUAUCAACAACUAUGUGCAAGGCUAUUCUAACAAUCAAGAAAUUUUUCAGAAUGAACAGUCAAAUAAAAAUGAAUUGUUCGCACAACAAACUUUGAAAAUUAAUAAUUUUAAUUACGAGAAACAAAAAUAUUAUUUAUCGUCUUAUACCGACAAUGAUGUUCGCCUAUCAGACGUACACAAUGACGCGCCCCCUCCGUAUGACAGAGAACUCAACGACACCAACAUGUCCUUCAACCAAGAAGAUAAAAAUGAAGCUGUAAAAGACAAAGCUAUUGAAAACACUUGCUUGCAUCCAAUGUCAAUAAAUGAUGAAGGAUCAAUGUCAAAUGAAAAUUGCCAGAAUAAUCCGUCUAAUGAAUGUGGAUUUAACUCCUCAAAUGAUAAUCAAGAAUAAUAAGUAAUAAUAAAAACAACAUAGAUUAAUUAGUCAUAAUCUAUUUAAGUACAGUCCAAGCCCAAGCAGAGGACAGUUAAAUUGGAAACUUAUGUCUUUUAUAAGGAAAUAAUUUGUCAAAGCAGCCAAAUCAAACAGCUUGAUUGAUAAUAAUAUAAAAGCUGAGAGAACAAUACAUACAUAUGAUAUGGUCAAAGUAACGUAAAAUAACAAUUAAUUGUGUGCAAUGUGUGCAUGCUAAAAUUUGAAAAUCUGAUAAUAUAUCCGGCCAGGCAGAUCUCUAAAAUUAGGGUGAAUAAUUAUAAUUUUACGAUAAAAUUACAAGAAUGUUAGCUAAUAAAUGUUUCUAUACAGUCUUUUCUUUUAUUUCAUAAUACAUUUCGAAUCGCACAAUUUUUAAUUUUUACCGACUUCAAAAAAUGGAGUAGGU